GGAUCUGCCGCCGCAUCUUAUGGACUUCCUGCAGAACACGAAAAUCGUCAUCAGCAAAAAGGAGAUCACCGCCAAGUGCAAGUAGGACGCAAUUUGCAAUAACGAGUGCGGAUAAACGGGGAAUAUACAUAAUUGAUUGUGCCCCAUUCAAGCAAUUUAAUCAUAUUUCCCUGUUGCCGCCGCAGGGAGCAGAAGUUGUACAGGGAAUACCAUUAGGACAAGCCCUUUUUUGUCUGCCACUCCAAGGAGAUGAUUAAUUAUGCCGGCGCCAAGUGCCAAAAAUAAAUUACGGACUUUUGGAAUUAAUAGGCCUUCAAUGGGCAAAGUUUUGGUGCUUGUGUAUAAUUUCUCGGGUGACAGAAGAUUUUUGGAGAAGUCACAACCGUAAAUGAAUAUUUCAAAUGAAUUUUCUGGGAAGCAGCAUUUCAUAAUAUCAACCGCAAGGAAACACUUAAAGUCGAGCCAAAACUAAGUAAAUUGAAGACCGCAACCUUAAUUAAUUAUUCCGACUUCAAAUGGCGAAUAAAAAUAAGCAGCAUUUGACUUUAGUGGGUCAUAAGUUCACUAAUUGAAGUGCUCUUCUAAUAAUUCCUGGCGACCGUCGCUGAUAAUCAAUACAGACUAAUGCGUUUUUACUUAAAUUUUGCAUAUUCAACCGUGGCAUGAGGUGCUUCGAUGCUUACUCCAAGCGUUGCCUGGACGAUCGAAAGCUGGGCACGUUUAAGAAUAAUGUGGAGGGAGCUCGGCGAUUUUUCUACAAGUUCUGCGGCGACGCCGACUUUCAGCGUGACUAUCUGAGGCACAAGGACUGCUUUGCUUACAUCCAACUGGACUGGGUCACCUGCACGUCCGAAUUCGAGAAUAUCCUUAGUGAAGAGGUGCACGAUGAAAGGCGCAAUGCCAGCGAAAAGUUCCUCGAAUUCUGCUGUGCCCGCUACGCGUACGAGAACUGCAUCUACAACAGUGCCCGCUACAAGUGCUACAAGAACUCGGCGGAGUUUGCCCGCGAGACGGCCAAAAUGCUGUCGGAUGAGAAGCACUUCAGGAACUGUGCCGUCCUCCAGAACAUUUGUGCCCACGACGCCGCCGUGGCAUUGGCCCAGUGGCACUGGAUGGCGACGCCGAUGAUGCUGCUCCUGAUGCGGCUGGUGGUGCGGAUCUGGGAUUAAAUCGAUGUGCGGCCAAUCUGCAUAGUUUGCUAGUGCGAUGUGAUGUUGGGGCUGCGGUUGCGGUCCGAGCUUGGGUUUUCUUAGUUUUCAUUGUUUUUUUUUUUUCAUUAGUUUUUGAUUUGUAGUUGUCCCUACGAGAAUGCCAAGCAUUUGAGCUCCCUUUAGUAGCCCAUCGAUAUGAAGAAAAAUGAAACUUCCUCUCUAAGUGUCUGUGAAUUUUCCAGUGUCGUUUUUUUGGGACGAGUUUGCUGGGCGGGCGGGUUACUGGGUCGGAUAGCGGCACUGGUUUUGUGUUUUUCGCUAAGCUAAGCUAACUUAAAUGCAUAUUUCAAAUAAAGGAAUAUUCACGUUGUA